AUGCUGUCACAGAGACGAAUGAAGAGUGAUGAAACAGUGGGAGAGUACUUUUUGAAAAUGCGAGAACUAGUAAGUCGAGGAAACAUAGAGAAAGAUGCAUUGUAUCAAUACAUAAUAGAUGGGAUAGAAGACGAAUCAACAAACAAAACUGUUUUGUACGGAGCGAAAAACAAUAGUGAAUUUAAAGAAAAACUGGAGAUUUACGACAAGAUAAGGAAGCAGAAGCAAACAAGAACAAGCAGGCCGAGACAACAUGAACAAAAAGAUGACGAGACCAGGCCAAGAGAGAAACCAAAAUGUUGUUAUAACUGUGGUGAAAAAGGUCAUUUUGCAGCUGAAUGUAAAUUCAAGGAGAAGGGCCUCAAAUGCUUCAACUGCAAACAAUUUGGACAUAAAGCAAACGACUGUUCAAAGAAAUCAUCUACACUCACAAAUGUGAAACAACCAUCAGUAAAGAAAGUUGCAACGAUGGAAGAGAAAAGUGAAUAUUACAAAGACGUGAACGUCGAUGGAAGGAAGACAUUGGCAUUCAUCGACCUUGGAAGUGACGUUGUCACGAUGAGAGAAGAGACAGCCAUUGAGAUGAACAUACAGUAUGUGCCACACCACAUUAAACUGAGAGGUUUCGGACAAGGAAUGUGCGAAUCUGUAGGAAAGAGAACAUUGCUGUUAGAGAUAGAUGGAGUCAAAAUCGAAGCGGUUGUUCUGAUUGUACCAAAUGAAGCGCAACAGGAAUCGAUGAUAGUGGGAGAGAGUGCAUUGGAUCAGCCAGGGAUAAGAGUAACCAGAGAAAAUAAGAUGCUUACCGUCGAAAAUAUUUCCAGAAUAGAAAAAACAAGAUGUCAGAACGAAUAUGUGAACAUAAAUUCGGGCAUAGGUUGUGACGAGAUUCAAAGUGUUCGAGACUUGGUAAGUCAUUUUGAUUCAGUUUUCUCUACGAACUCCUGUGACAUUGGCACCACUGACCUGGUAACUAUGAACAUUGAUCUUACAAGUCAGGAUGUAGUGCGGUGCAGACCAUAUAGACUACCGUACGCGGAACGCGAGCGUGUGAAAUCUAUGAUAGACAAUUUUUUGAAAGCCGGCAUCAUUCACGAAUCAACAUCGGAAUAUUCAAGCCCAGUGAUUUUAGUUCCUAAAAAAGACGGUUCGCAAAGACUGUGUGUAGACUAUAGACGCUUAUAUGCCAUAACGCGAAAAUCACAUGUGACGAUGCCCUCGAUUGACGAACAGUUAGACAUGUUGGCGGGUAACAAAUAUUUCACUUCAUUAGAUUUUAUGAUUGGGUAUUAUCAGAUUCCGAUAAAUGAACAAUCUAAACAUUUAACCGCGUUUGUGACGACCGAGGGACAAUUCGAAUUUAAUAAAAUGCCGUUUGGUUUGGUAAACGCACCAAAUGUAUUUAAUACUCUUAUGCAGCGUGUCGUGCAACGCAUUGGACCGAACAUUGUUUUAACAUAUAUGGACGAUAUGCUAAUACCGAGGGAUACAGUAGCGGAGGGUAUCGCGAAACUACGAAAAGUGUUUGAGUAUUGCGAGAGCUAG